CACAGUAGGUGGCGGUAAUGCACCUUAAUUCUAGCUGCCACUCGAUUAUAAAAGAAGGAGAAGAAUGCGGAAGCGGUAACAACUUUAGAAACAACAGUAACAUUUUUAUCUGCGUGAUUUUUCUUAUUUAACCACCGGAUCCGGAUUUUCCUCUUCGACAGAACCGAGACUGUUCAGCGCCACUCGAGAAACUCAAUCAGAAGAGACAUGGACGCCCAGCAAGGAGCUCAGGGAUUCUCUGGUGGACAUGUACAGAGUUAAUCCCAGAGUGAACGUGGAGCUGAAACAUCGUCUUCCUUCCCCUGCCAGACGCCACCUCCACCUGGCUGACAGACACGACCAGGGUGAGGACCUGAACCAGGACCUGAACCAGGACCUGAACCAGGACCUGAACCAGGACCAGUGUCCUUGGGCUCCUCCUCUCCACAGGAGCUCUGUGUCUCCGUUGUCCUCCAGGCCUUUAGUAGGUUCAGGGGAGAUGGAGAGGGACGUGUCCCCCAGCAGAGGCCCUUCGCCUCAUGUAGAGAGCUGCAGAAAUGCCCAUGAUGGAGAUGGAGUACAAAGAGGUCCUGGAAGUCCUGUUCUGAGAAAACACUUGGAGACUGACAACAGUUUUCAUCAUGAUGUCAUGAUCGAUCGAGUUCAGAGUUUUGAUCGAGACAAAAACAUCUCUUUUCUACUGAAGGAGCUGGACACUGUUAGACGGACCAAUCACAGGUUGCAGGAGGAGCUGCUUCAAAAAGAUAAGGAGCUGGAGAGAAGAAGAUUGAAGGAGGAGCUGAGAAAGGAGGACAGGGAGAGACCUGCAGUUGUCUUGGAAGAGGUGUUGUCGGCUCAGAAGGACAGAGAUCAGGCUCUGAUGUCACGACUCCUGUUGGCCAAUGAGGAGAGAGACGAGGCUUUUCUUCAUGCAAGUCGACUUCUGCAGGCGGCUGAGUUGGAGAAAAUAAACUUGGACGACACUGACAUGGAUGUUGACGAGCUUCUUCAGUGUGUCUGUGAUGCUGACUCCGCCCAGGAAGUCGAGGAAUUUGGUUCAGUGCUGGUUCAGCGUCUGCGCUUGGCUCAGCAACGUCGAAAUGACAUCACUGCACAGGAGAUGAAGGCUGUGAUGGAGGAGAGAGAUGGCUCUGUUGCCAAGUUCAAACGUCUGGAACAGGAUCUUAUUCGGGAGAGAGAGAGAAGGACGACCAAGGAUGAGCUGCUGAGGCGUCAGGCAGAGGGAGGUGGGGCACUGGACGACACACAAAGACUGAAGGCGGAGCUGCAGGCACUACGAGCCAAUCACAGCUCUCAGGACUUUCACACCCCUCCUCCCUUGUUGUUCGAUGAUGAAGUCUCUCGGGUGGGUUCGCUGGAGGCCCAACCCCUGCUGGUCCAGCUGCAGCAGCUCUCAAAGGAGAAGCAGAGUGUUGAGGCAGAGCUUCAACGCUGUCAGGAGGCAGAACAAGAGGCCAACGAGAGAGUCCGCAGGUCAUAUUCUACCUUCACAUACUUCACGUCUGUUGACAUGGUUUUAUACUUAAAUGCUGCUGAAAGAGCGAAUACAAAAAUAUAU